UCUCCAAUGCAUUCUUAGUUCUGCAUCGCUCAGCGACAGGUUGUGUUUCUUCCUCUGCAACGGAGAAAACCCACACACAGAAAUAACCGCACACAGUUUCUCUUCAUCCAUUUGGGCUCGUAAAAACAGAGCCAAAUCGAGUGGUGCCAAUUUGAAAAGUGCUUGCAGUUUUUUGGUGCGUCCAUUUCGUCAGUGGUUCACUAACGAAACGAAGAAGAAUUACGUUGGAAUUUGGACAGUGUAACCGCGUGAGUCACGCAGUUGCUUUGAUCAGCAGUAGAGAAUGCCACGACGAUUGUGAACUCGCCAGGAAAAAACAUAACAAACGGUAAACACAGCAGACACACAGUUGCCAUGAAGACGGACCUCAUGAUGCGGAUCGAAUUGAUUGUCGGGAUCCUUGGCCUCGUCUGUUGGGUGACGGUCGCUACUGGUCAGGAGAUCCAGCCAGAUGAGAUCACCACGGAAUGGUUCACAACAGAUGCUCCAGUCACGAUGAUGUCGGCCUUGGAUGUGACUAGUAUUCGCCCAGCGGAUAGGGAAACAACGGCUCUCCCACCAAAUGACUUACGGGCCAGAAUUCUUCUCAACGCGGAAUUUGAAGAUGAUCCCACCCAGUUGGCAGCUUCGCAGCCUGGCGUCCCAUCGGCUGCUGGCUCAACAUUAGAUAACAGUCUGCGAUCAACCAAUAAUAAUGACUGGACACCAAUUGUAUGGGCGUCAACACGGUUGCCGUCCACUACUCUACCUCAGGCGACUCCCCUUCCGUCUCCAGUUUUCAUCCGGCCACCAGCUCCUGGACCAUCUACACUUGUUAUUCGGCCGACACCAUUACUGCGGCCUCUCCCAACCAUUUUGGCAACUCCUGGACGAAUCGCAACGCCCAGUACCGAAAGGAUGAUUUCUAGCAGCAUCCGACCAUCCACGGAUGCACCAACCGUUUCACUCCCUCCGAUUUCAUCUCAACCUUCCCUUGUUCACUUUGAUCUGGAAGAUGCCAGCUCAGGCCCCAAUUUUACUAUAGUAGCCGAUCCACAAGCAUCCAAUGAUUCCAUCAUCAUUCCCGUUCCCGCCACUGCACUUGUCGUUAAUCAAACGGCACAACUCAUUGGCCAACCACCUUUAGCCGACAACAGCUCUCUUCCGACGACCGUUUUGGAAGAUGUCCGAGCUGAUGAUAAUGUUACUGUUGUAAGCGUAGUAACAGAAUCCAAUAACCAAUCUGUGCAAAUAGAAGGAGAAUCGAUCGCAAACAUUACCAAGGAUUCUAUUCCCGUUAAUGAGACAACACUCAACGAAACUGUUGUAUUACCCGUCAACACAAGUUUCAUUGCAAAUACCACAGAGGAAGAAAAUAUUAUGCCACUAUCAAAUGAUGAGUCCAUGGCUAAUAGUAGUUUCGUGACACAACCGUCUGAUAACGAGACGGUUCUGGUGACGAUAGACGAAGAGGCGGGGCAAGGAGAAGAAAUCCUUACGACACCAAUUGAAGAUCAAAGUUCAAUGACGACAGAUCUGUCAACCGGCUUUGGUUUCAAUAACGAGACUUCAUCUACAAUGGAUUUUCUUUCCAAUUCUUCUGGAAUUGAUGAGGGAAUUCCCUUAUCCAAUUCCUCCUUAAUUGAAGAAGAGAUUUUCCUAUCCAAUUCUUCGACAAUUCUCCCUAUUAACGUCACUAAUGUUGUCUUAUUGACAACGGAAAUCCCUGUGCCAUCGACUAGCUUGAAGGCAGCCAUAGUCUCGGUGAGUACAAGUGUUCCGAUUACCACUACCGUGACCUCCGAGCCCGACACAUUCGAAUCGACUACUGCCCAAGAAAUAGACACCAGUAACGGGAAACAAAAUCGCGAAGAAUCAGGUCGUUCGACUACCCUUUCGGCUCUUUCUGGAUUAGCUACUCUAUUUCCCGCGUUAACACGUCCACCCAGUACUACCUCCUUACCGACAGAAAUCAACACCCAACCAAUUACGACGACGACGACGCCGACGACUACAACAACAACAACAACAUCGCCUCCAUCGACAACACUCAAAACGACAACAUCGUCCAGUAUUGUAUUCCCGUCGUCCGGUUGGACAAUCACGCCACAACAAGCGCCACCUUCCAUCCCCCACUUUGUCAACCCACAAGCUGGGUGGCCAACAACAACUCAUAACCCACAUCCAACAUUCCACGAGGCACCCAACUUUUACCAUCCAACUUCGACGGAAUAUUUCCCUGAUAAUGAAUGGCCAAGUACGGAAGGCUCUCAAGCUGACGAUUCGGAUUCCACCACUACUAUUGUGGCCAUUUCUGUCAGCAUUGCCGUUAUCCUCUGUCUGGCCAUUGCAAUUCUUCUUCUGUUGGUGCUUCGUCGACGCCGUGCAAGAGCAGUCCAGGGAACGUGCCAGCCGGCCCGGAUGGAUGCCUACAGUUUGGACAAUGUCAGCCAAUCCAACACAUGGCAAAGGGGCAAAGUGCGCAAUAGUCUUCGUGCCUCUAAACGAUCAUAUUGCAAUCAGGCAUUCGAUGAUUCUACGGUGUUUUCGGUCCCCUUAACAGCGGCUCAGUUGGCCUUGUACAUGGAGAAACCUAUUACCAGCAUUGAAGCCGAAUUUCGUAAUAUAGCCACUUCGACUGUACGUAUCGAUGAACUACCUGCAGGCGUAGAGACCAAGAAUCGUUACGCCAAUGUCCUGCCCGUUCCAGAAACACGAGUACACAUCCGUGUCCAAGACAAUCAGCCAAUGGAUACCAUUGAACAAUAUAUCAAUGCCAACUACAUCAAGGGUCCAAAAGAGGAGCCUCAUUUUUACAUAGCGUGCCAGGGACCCAUGGAAGAUACGGUUCAAGAUUUUUGGCAAAUGAUUUGGGAGAAUCAGUGCAAGAUAAUCAUCCAAUUGACAGAUCUGUCUGAAAAUGGAGUAGCCCGUUGUGCCGAGUAUCUUCCUCCUUCGGAAGUAUUAGAUUGCCACCGACUUUAUGGUGACUAUCAGGUUACUCUCAAGUCGAGAGAACUACGCGAUAACUACGUCACAUCUCACAUCCAGCUGAAGCGAAUGGAAGACAAUCUAGUGCGUGACAUAACGCACUUGUGGUACAGUUCUUGGCCAGCUACUGGCGUCCCAGAGGACGGCAAAACUAUUGUUUCUUUACUUAUGGAAGCUCGCAAAGGUCAGUCCAAGGAACACAAAUCUCCUAUGGUCGUGCACUGCAGUCCCGGAACAGGACGGACAGGGGCUGUCCUGGCCAUUGAUGUCUGUAUGCGACAUCUUGAUUCUAGCCGAAGUAUUGAUAUCCCUCGAUCUGUCCAUCGCCUCAGACAGGAUAGGGCCGGCUGUGUACAAACUGGAGAGCAGUACGCUUUCGUUUACAAGUCGGUUAAUUACUAUGCGUCCCAGUUGAGUAACGCCGCCUUGGAUUCGCUGUGAAACGGUGAAUAGGCAACUAGAAAGUUCAAGCACACAAUGGCCCUCGUCAAUACAAAACAGGCAAAAAAGCACUCACAAUUCUGUAUAUCCAUGACGACUUUGAAGGGGAAAAAUGAUCUUGUCUGUAUUUUUCGAUGUUAACCUGUUACACAUCUCGUCCUUCACGUUCCACCUCUCCUCCAUCAACACUUGCUUGAAAUGUAAAAGCGGAGGCUAAAUAUUCACGGACAAAGCAAAGCGAAAACAAAUCAUAACCAGUGACUUAAUAUUCACACGCUUAAAACAUCCCUAUCUAUUUACAUGAUUAGUUCGAUGAUGAAGAAUAAAUUCUAUUUGUUGAGCAUUUAA